UCAUGCAGGGUGCGUGGGGCAAGCUAUAAAACUCGACGGUAGCCUUUCUCGCAGCUCCGUUUGCACAUUUGCGCUAAUCUGGUGGAAACAUGGAAACUCCUGACAAGUCUAGCACCGCUAUUGCGUUCGUCUACAGGGGGACAUUAGUCCACUCGACCCCUAAGGAGGCGCUGCAGAUCCUGGAGGAUGCGCUCCUAGGAGUUGACUCAGAGGGAAAGAUUGCUUUCAUUGGGGAAGGAAACGAGUCACAUAAAUUGUCUGAGAUUUUUAGAUUUAGCCCAUCUGCAGUCACUCAACUCGACCAACAUGAGUUCUUGAUGCCUGGAAUGAUAGACACCCACAUCCAUGCGUCCCAGUACAGCUAUGUAGGCACAGCCCUGGACAUGCCUCUACUGCAGUGGCUCAACAACUACACCUUUCCCGUGGAGUCACAAUUUAAGGACUUAGAGUUUGCAAAUAAAGUGUACACUCAAGUAGUGAAAAGGACUUUAAGAAAUGGAACAACUACUGCGUGUUAUUUUGCCACCAUACACACUGAUGCAUCUCUUCUGCUUGGCCAGAUUACAAAUGAUUUUGGGCAGCGUGCCUUAGUAGGGAAGGUGUGUAUGGACCGAAACGACGCUGUGCAGCAUUACAGAGAAACCUCUCAGGAGUCUCAAGAUGAGACCAAUCGGUUCAUCAAAGAACUACUAAACAAAAAGUACCCUCUGGUGAAGCCAGUGGUCACACCACGUUUCGCACCGUCCUGCACAGAAGCCUUGCUUGCUCAGCUGGGAGCAACUGCCAAGAAUAACAAUCUGCAUAUUCAAAGUCACAUCAGUGAAAACCUUGAGGAAAUAAAGCUCGUAAAGGAGCUCUUUCCCAAAUCAGAGUCUUAUUCAGACGUCUAUCGCAAAUGCAAUCUUCUAACUGACAAGACUGUUAUGGCCCAUGGCUGCCACCUCAGUGAUAAAGAGUUGGCUCUGUUCAGGGAAACAGGAGCUGCCUUGUCCCACUGUCCCAAUUCAAACUUCUCGUUGUGCAGUGGACUGUUAAAUGUACGCAACGUCCUGAAUCACAAAGUGAAGCUGGGGUUGGGUACAGAUGUGGCAGGAGGCUACUCAUCUUCUAUGCUUGAUGCUGUAAGAAGAACUCUGGACGGAUCCAAAGUCCUGACCAUCCAGGACCGAGAACACAAAACACUCACCUUUGAGGAGGUCUUCAGACUGGCCACACUGGGAGGCAGCCAAGCCCUGUCCCUGGAUGAGCAAACAGGAAACUUUCAAGUGGGAAAAGACUUUGAUGCCCUGCGAGUUAAUGUGGCUGCUCCAGGUGGACCCAUCGACCUGAUCAAAUAUGAGGAACCACAGAUUCGUUUGGAGAAGUUUUUGAAUUUGGGUGAUGAUCGAAACAUUGUGGAGGUGUUUGUAGCUGGGAGGAAGGUGGUGCCUUUCAGAGAGGCAUCAGCAGACAGAACUACUACCUUCCUCACAGGUUCAGAUAAAUCUGACUGAAGUAAACAAACACACGCUGUGGCUGCCUCAACUGUAUUUUUGCACUAAAUUAGAUAAAUGUGAGUGAAAUUUUGUACACCUCGGGAUAUUUUUUAUAUUUUAAGACCUACUAUGAAAUUAAGUUCAGGUCAAACAAGCCUGAGUUCAACCGAGCCUGAAUUUAUUCUCUAAACAUUACAGGACGUUUAUUCAGGACAUGGGGGACUUAAUCAAUACUAGGAAGUUUGUACUUUUAAGAUAGCUGUGGGACUUUCAUUACUGCUACUUAUGCACUUUUUUCAUCUAUUGAACAACAGUUUUUUUUUACCUAUUCCCUUUUGAACAACCAGUAACAUAGGAUUUGGUGCUUCUCAGUGCGCUCAGGGUGCAAAAGCUGCAGUGGUUUGAUGCUCCCAUUUUCAUAUCUCAAUGUUGAAAACUUCUUUGUGAAUCAAAAGCCAUAAUUGUGCUCUAAUCACUGGACACUCCAACUAAAUGCAGCCAUUCAAGUGUUUAAAGCAGCAGAGGUGCAUGUGUAUUGAAUUUUAAUGUAUCCAAUUUACUUUUCUUGUGAUUAUUCCUUUUUUGCUGUAGCAAAUUGGAGCGUUGACGUGAAAAGAGAAAUAUUUAAAUGUCUUUUUACACAUUCCUUACACAUUCAAGAAUUACAGAAAACUAUUUAUAAUUUUUAUUCUAAAUCUAAUUACUAAUUAAAAUAGUUUGGUGAUUAGAUGUUUGGUUCAAGGGAAUAUACUGAUAAAGGAUUUAUUUGUGUAUUUUGUAACACUUUUACAUGCACUUUUUAAUUAUUAGGAAAUUAAGAAUAAUACGCACUUAACAUUUGCACUUUUCUUGAAGUUGCUGAUUUUAACUUGACAUAUGACACUGUGUCUGAGUCAUUUUCCAUGUGAAGAUCAUGUUAUGUGAAAAAAUGAAAUGUGAAAAUAUAAAUAAAGAAAUGUGCAGAUGCUG